CCUGAAAUUACACUAUAGGUGUCAUGCUAGGCAUGGUCUGUCCGGACAUGGCACAUAACAACAUGGAACACUCACCCAUUACAAUUAAGGGAUUAAUUAAUGAUUGUGUUUCAAUCAUCUAACUGCUGGACUAAAUUAAUUAGUUUGUAAUUAAUCUAAUAAACAAGUGAAAUACAUGUUUUGAUACAAGAAAAAACAUGAAAUGGACAAUGUUUAACCUUGAUAUAGUAUAUAUAUCCAGGGCUUGGAUUCAGUUAGCUAUGAAAUCUCAAAAUGUUGAUCAAAAACUUAGAGGAAUAUCAUCUCUCUGAUAGUGAUGUUUCAAAAGCUCAAAUUUUCUUUGACUUGGUCAAUACCAACAUGGAGAAAAUACUUAAACCAUUAGAUGUUAUUAAAUCUGUGGAAUUAUGCAAGCCAUGUGAUUUCUCUAUAAAUGAAAUAGACAUUAUGAGUGUUGAAGAUAAUUCAUGUGAUCAGUGUGAAAUUAACAGAAUUAAUGAAGAUGAACUUAUUAAACCAUGUGACUUCAGUAUCAAUGAGGAUAAUGGUUCCAUUGAGGAUUAUCAAGUGUUGAACUUGUUGGGGAAGGGGGGUUUCGCAUGUGUGUACAGGGCAAGGUCAAACAAAACAGGCGAAGAGGUCGCCAUCAAGAUGAUUGACAAGAAACUGAUGAAGGCAGCUGGCAUGGCUGCUAGAGUGAAAAAAGAAGUAGAAAUUCAUUCAAGACUGAAGCAUCCAGCAAUUUUAGAGUUGUACAACUAUUUCGAAGACAGCAAUUAUGUGUACUUGGUGCUGGAAAUUUGUGCUAAUGGAGAACUCAACAGAUAUCUUAAAGCCAACUGCAAAGUUUUAUCUGAACUGGAAGCUCGACACUUCAUGGUACAGAUUGUAUCGGGCAUGUUAUAUCUCCACUCUCAUGGAAUACUCCACAGGGAUCUGACUCUUGCCAAUUUACUACUCACAAAAUCUAUGGACGUUAAAAUAGCAGAUUUUGGUCUUGCUACACAACUGAACUAUACUGAAGAAAAACAUUUUACAAUGUGUGGAACACCUAAUUAUAUUUCUCCUGAGAUAGCCAUAAGAGGAGCUCAUGGUUUAGAAACUGAUGUCUGGUCCUUGGGUUGUAUGUUGUACACAUUUAUGGUAGGCAAGCCUCCAUUUGAUACAGAUGCUGUAAGGAGUACACUGAACAGAGUUAUUACAGCAGCAUUUGAUCUCCCCGAUCAUUUGUCACAAGAGGCCAAAGACCUCUUACAGUCAUUGUUAAAGAAAAAUCCCAAAGAUAGAAUUCAUUUACCAGAGGUGCUAAAUCAUCCUUUCAUGACCAAAUAUGCAUCAACAGAAUUUAAAGGUCCACAGAAUUUCGGUGAGACAUCUAUAGACAGUGGUAGAGGAACCAUGGCAACUAUUUCUACCACAGCAUCCAGGGUGUCAACAAGGCCCCGCCCCUUCCCAGCAUUCCCUAUGGAAUCUGGAAUCUCUGAAGGUGACGAGGACCAAUUGAAGAAAGACAAAUACUCAAAGAAUUCUGAGGAUUUGAACCUUUUUUCUGGACCAAAUACGCCACAAUUGAGGCAUCCACCAUCUCCUCCAGUUAGACUAAGGGAUAGUGAACGUGAAGCAGCAAGAAUGCAAAUGAACCAACAACAACAGCAGCAGGGUGAUUCUGGACAUUUCCUUAGGAAUACUAACCAAGAUAAAGCUCAAGAAAGACUAUUCAAAGCUAAACAAAUGGAGAAUUACCUUGAGCAACAAAACAACCGUGCUGGUCAACAGUUUGAUCCAGCAAAAUAUCAAGAUCGUGCCAACACACCAAGUAACUCGUCAGGCUGGUCCUGUAGCAUGUCUUUGCAUAGCAACGACAAACCAAGUCAUACCGACAUCAGCAAACCUUCCGUAGCCUCUGACGUUUCAUCUCAAGAUGAAUUUAGUCUACACAAUACAAAGAAAAUACUCAAUUUUGAUAGUGACAGUCACUCGACUGGUCAACAUGGCAGUUGGCAUGAAAAAUCUAAAGACAGUGUAAAAAAUAUGGAACGACAACACAGUCAGAUGAAAAAAUAUGGACGCAGUCGAUCGUUAGAAAACUUCCUCGAUAAUGAUGAAGAAGAUUCUAACUGUAAUUCGCAAGGUGCUAAAGUAGAAAUUAAAUCACAACGAUCGGUAGAGGAAGCUUCUAGCUCAACAACAAAAACAAUUAGAGAUGUUGUAUUGCCAUUAACUGCCAUUCGUCUUCGACCAAUCAGACAAAGAACGAGAAAUGCCAUUGUCAACAUUUUAGAAUCGGGAGAAGUUUGCAUGGAAUUUGUCAAACUGAAGCAAAAGGUUGAAAAGGUUGUUGAAGUCAUGGUGAUAUCUGUUGAUGGUCAGAAAAUCAAUGUUUACCAGCCAAACAGAGGCAAAGGGGAACCAGUUGGAGAAGAACCUGUUGCUCUGCCAACUGAACCAAUCAAAUCAUUUGUAUUUGAUCUGUUACCUGAAAAGUAUUGGAAGAAGUACCAGUAUGCAGCAAGAUUUGUCAAACUGGUGAGAUCCAAGACUCCAAAGAUAACUAUGUAUACACAGAAAGCCAAAUGUAUGUUGAUGGAAAACAGUCCAUCUCCAGACUUUGAAGCAGUAUUUUAUGAUGGCUCCCAUCCUUUGGAAGACGAUGAUAGUCUAAGCGAUUUAAUGGAGUCCAGACCGUAUCCAUUUGUCCCUUCGUGGAGUGCUAAAUUCACAAUGAGUUCUAGUAGUAUGAGAAUUAUUGAGAAAACUGGGACAUCCUUGGUGCUAGAUUCAGAGGAAACAGCCCAGAGACUGGCUGAAGAUACCAAACAAUUGUUAGAAUAUGUCAAACAGUGUCGGCAACAGUGUGAAGAAAUAGACAGGGUAAUCAGUUCUGUACACAGCCGAUGUGGGUUAAGAGAGCAGCUCUUCCCAGUGAUCAUUGGUAGACGACCAAACGGUCCAAAUUUAAAUGAUUCCUCUCCAUCAACAGGGGCAGGCAGUUCCCUGGCAGUAGAAAUCAACAGCAAUCCUUCAUCAGACUCCAACAGACACGCUACAAUGUCUUCAUUUGACGGCACAGUAGUAAGCGCUGUAACAGACUGUACAAGCAGAGUGGAAACAGCACCAUCUGACACAUCAAGGGACGUAACUCUAAAGUCCAAGUCUGUCAACGAGAAAUCAACAGUCAGCAAUGGUGGUGUUAGUCCCACCUCAAGUCUCAAUGGUUCAAGUCAGCUACGCAAAGUCACCAGAGAUGUUCUUAAACAAGUUUUCGUGCAAGAUAUUGGAUGGGCGUCAAAGCACUCUAAUGGAGAAAUAUGGGUAAAAUUCAAUGACGGAACCCAGCUUGGUGUCAAGUCUUCUACAACAAAUGUCAAAUAUAUUGACUGUCAAGGAAAACUUUAUAGAUUCCAAAGAACAGACAUUUUACCCGAUAUUGUGCGAGCAAGACUGGAAAAGGUCCCAUUGGUGUUAGAACAUUUACUGCAGGACUCACCAACAUCUUCAGUAAUGACCCCACGCUGAGGAGACCUGUUUUAAAAACAUUCCAUAGAGUGCCAUAUCCGUCCUCGUCCAUGACCUCGGUCAGGAUUUCUCUAGUGCUGUGAUAUGUAUAGUAGUGUCAGAAUUGUUCCUGUGAUGACUCAACAGGCAGCUGCUCAUUCUGUGUCUCUCUAGACUUUUUACUUGUAUACCUCCGUACAUAGACUUAUAUAUGUAUAGACUCUUUGCAUUUAUUGUGUACAGACAUGUAGAUAUUAGUGUAUAGUAUUUGUUGUGUAGAAUCUCUUUGUUAUUGUUCAUACUAGAUUAUUAGUGCUUGUUUUACUUGAAUAUCCCAUAUUCUUGUUUAAAUUUGGUUUUUACCUUAAUUUAUUUUUAGCAUUUAGAUUAAUUUAUUUAUUAUCUGACGUUUUAAAAGUAUUUUUAGAUGUUUUUAAAUUAUUUUGUACUUGUUUUACUUGUAUUAAAUUACCAUGACAACUGAAAAUUGCAACUUUUCUUAUUAUUUUACCGGAGAUGAAAUGUUUUAGCAUGUACAAGUCAAUCUGAAUUUAGGUUUGUUUUUUUUUAGAUAAAAUUUUUAUAACUUUUUUUUAAAUUCAAAUAUUUUAUUUUAAAUGAAAUGUUUGUUAUUCGAAAGCCAACAAUUCUUGUAAGAAAAACCUAUUAUCCUUUCUAUUACCUGAAAUAAACUGCCUUAUUACUUAAAAUCAGCUAAUUUGCAAUUUAAUUGGUAAAUAUGGCUCCGCAUCAGUUUUUUUAAAGUGAGUUUGCCUUACUUAAAAUCUGUUUAUUUUGUAUAAUGAGUCAGUUUAAAAUCAGUUCUGCUCUUCAAGAGUACUUCAACAGUUAUUGCUUUUCUUGAGAAUUUAUUUGGAAAAUCAUGCUCUGCAACACAUAAACUGUAUUUACCUACUUCAAGAGUUAUCUUUGUUAUAAAUUCUCCAAAAACAUUGUUAAGUGAUCACAAGAUAAAAAAAAAAUCAAAUAUACUAUGUUUAAGCUAUACACUUAGUCAGCCAUUACAGAAUUUUCUCACUUGCUUCAGGUUAACACAAACAUUUUUUUCUCAAGCCUAAAUAAUAGUAUUGAGUAUAAAAAUGUUCAGUGUUCAUCCUUAUAUCAAUUUGAACUUCACUUUAUAGAAUUGUUGGCUUCUUUAUUUUUGUUAAGUUGGGAUAUUCAUCUGAAAACUAAUUUAUUCUAUUUAUGCAUUUAUAUAUUGAAGAAAAACUAGUCUUAAAGAAAUAAAAUUGAGAGUAUAAUAA